AUGAAUGGCUCCUUGGGACCCGUUUCUUCCAUUCCCUCGACCACCACCACCACCACCACUACCACCAAGAAGACUGCUGCCACCAUCACAACAUCAUCCACUUCCACCUCCCCUUCCACCACCUCCUCCACCACGACUGCUAACACAAUUACCACGAAAACGCCCACUUCUCCCAACUCAGUUCCCGCCUCAUCAAAAGGCACUCGACCUCGACGAACAGAGGACUGGAAUGUUCAUCGAGACAAAAUCGAAAGUCUUUACCGCGACCGCCAAAUGAAGCUUCGCGAUGUAAAGAGGAUCAUGGAGGAAGAGUUUUCCUUUACUGCAUCGUAUAGCCUUCCGUUUCCUUCUCCUACCUCUGCACCUCAGUAUUUUCACCACCCGUUCAACACGGUUUCACUGGCUGUUUUCACACCUUCAUCAUCUUCGUCCUGUGCAAAACAAAAACAAUACAAAGAUCGCCUGGCUUCUUGGAAUGUUCGCAAGAAUAUCAAAGCCAAAGAAGUCCAUAUCAUGCUUCGCAAGCAGCAAAGGCGAGCGGCUGAGGGCAAGCGGACAGCGUUCCGCGUCGCUGGUCAGGUGAUCGAGCCCAAGCGCAUCUCUCGCUUCGUCCGUAGAUAUGGCACCCACUGGGAAGUGGACGAAGCUCGCGAGAACAUCCAGCCGGGUAGCAUUCAUCCCAGUGUGGAGACUCAACCGGUGGAUCAGCAAACGCAGCAAGAGUUACACCAAAAUCUUCCAACAAGCCCUGAGCCAGAAACCCCUACGGAUAUCGAAUACUUCACACCCGAGCCGGAUCAAAGAGCUAUGACCCUGUCUCCCUUGACGGAGACCCCAUCUCGUUUCCACGACGAAACUCUCGAGCCACUUCCUGACCCAGAAAUCGACCAUUCUCAACCUCUACCAGUCUCCCCUAGUUCCCACGAACCGCCCAAGCCAAUCGCCAGCACCCUUCCAGACAAUGACGCCUGGAAGGCCCUCGAUGUAUUUCAAGGGCAACUCUUGACCCUGUCCAGGACUCUUGACCAAUCCAUGGCCAAGUUCACAUCUCCGCAUGAUGAUCCACCCCAGUGA